CAAACAUUGUUUUGAAAGAGAGCAAUUUACAGUAUUAUUUUUCUUGACCUCAGAUAGUGCUUCAAGAUCUGUCUUCUCGACGAAUUCUAACCAGACUACAGAGAAAACGAACUGAAAACGUUCAAAUCAAAUUCUAAUUAGAAAAGCGCUCUUCUUAAACCAGUUCUUCUAAAAUGGAAUCGUGUAAAGACAUUAGUAAACAAUGUGCUUUUGAAAAUGUCAAAAAUCAAUCAUUAUAUGAUAUGGACGAAAUAAGUUUUUACAAAAAAAUUAACAAUCAAACCUUACCAACUAUUACUAGCCUCAAUGAUUUAAUAAGGGAAUUGCAAAAAGUGUUUGAAAGUGAUACUGUAAAUAUUGAGUACGUGUAUUACUUGAUGAGAUCUUACAAAUCAAACCCAACAGAUUGGACAAAAUUCGCAAAAUUUGAUCGGUACAGAUAUACUAGAAACUUGAUCGACGUAGGAAACGGUAAAUAUAAUUUAAUGGUUCUUUGUUGGGGUGAAGGUCAUGGUGCAGGCAUUCAUGAUCAUGCUGACUCUCACUGUUUCAUGAAAACGUUGCACGGAUCUCUCCAAGAAGUUCGAUAUUCGUGGCCGGAAGAAGUAGGCAAAGAACUGAAUGAAAUUUCAAGAAAUAAUUUAAGUUUAAACGACGUGUGCUACAUUAACGAUUCCCUAGGACUUCACCGUGUGGAAAAUCCUUCAAACGUGGAAACAGCCGUGAGUCUUCAUUUGUAUUGCCCCCCUUAUGAACGAUGUCAAGUCUUCAAUCAAUAUUCAGGACAACGGUCUAUUUGUAAGGUCACAUUCUGGUCCAUGUUCGGAGAAAAGAGAAAGCGAGAAAUUCAAGAUGAAAGAGAACCUGAAGACAAUUAAUAUAUGUUUUACCGAACAAUCAACCAAAAUUUGAUAACUACUCCAUAAGAGGCGCGUACCAGUCAAUAAAAUUAUAUUGAAGAAUAAGUGCAUUGAUUUAGAAUGUCAUGUACAGGGCGUAGUUCAUAUGUAAUAAAAUUAUUAAAAUAUAUGUAUUCUCCAGCAUUAAAAAUU